UCAACAGCAACAACCUUUUACAUCGCUAAGGAAAAACUAUAACGACCAAAUCAGGGGGCAUCAUCGGUGUACAUUAAAGAGUAGCCUCAAAGCAUUGGUUGCCAUGGCAACACCUGGAUACUCAAAGGACCUUCAGCCUCAGCAGACCAACACAGUGACCAUAGCAACACCUACUGCCACCACACCCUCACCCUCCAAGCCUGCACACUUCCUGUCUGAGAUCCCACCAAAAUCUGGAACUAUUGUGUCAGCAAACCAAUUAGCCACUUCCUCAAAAACAGGACAGGAGACACCUCGAUCCCAAGCUACACCCAUCCAGGCCCAGAGCCAGAAAGCACUGGUCUUGACUACCAACACUCAACAGUAUGUCACCAGUGAAAUUCAGAAUUCAGCCACCCAGAAGAGUAAUGGCCAGAGCAGCUCACCGCAAUACAUCAUUGUGACUGUUACAGAGGGAUCUGUUCAUUCUAAUGACAGUCUGUCAGACUCCAGCCCUCCAGCCACUGGGGUUCCUACUCAGGUGGUUCAGCAGGUGCAGACCCCACCGAGGUCAGUGUUGCAGGCAGUAUCCCAGACACCCAAGAGGAGUCAUACAGCUCACAUCAAUAACCUGCAGCCUGUGCAAAUUAACCAGGAGCUGGAACAAGUAUACUCAGGCCAGGUGCAGUAUGUGGAUGGAACAGGAGACUCCUUCACCACUUCCACCAUCCGUUCAAACAGCUACCCUUACUCUGACUCGCCCCUCUACUCACAGACCCCUCCCACCUCCUCCUCCACCUUCUACGAAGGUGCACCCACCUCUGACUCAGAGGUCAGCGGACCUGUGACCCCCCAGCCUGUCUCUGUGGGGUCGGUAGGAGCCAGCAGUGGGGGAGCGGGAGGGGCCUAUGUCAUACAGGGAAGCUAUAUCUUAGGAGGAGGGGGAGGAGGAGGAGGAGGGGGGGCACAGAGUUCACCCAACCCAACCGCUCGUGCGCCACCUGCUACUGUGCAGUGGUUGUAUGAGAAUUAUGAAGGGGCGGAGGGGGUGAGUUUGCCUCGCUGCACCCUCUACUGCCACUACCUGUUGCAUUGCCAAGAGCAUAAACUAGAGCCUGUCAAUGCUGCCUCCUUUGGCAAGCUCAUCAGAUCUGUCUUCAUGGGGCUACGCACACGGAGACUAGGCACCAGGGGAAAUUCAAAGUACCACUACUAUGGCUUAAGGAUCAAGUCCAGCUCACCGCUACUCCGGCUAAUGGAUGAGCAGCAACACCUGGCUAUGAGGCAACAGCCUUUAUCACAGAAACACAGGUUGAAGCCUGUACAGAAAGCAGAGGGGAUGACCAAUGGGACCUCAGGUGGAGGGGUUGGUCAACAGCAAGUGGGGGGGCUCUGCGAUAUCUCAGGCCAAGUGCAACAGUAUCAACAGUUCCUGGAGACAUCCAGACAGCUGCCAGAUUUCCUGGAGGUUGACUUGCAGGGUCAUAGCCUACCUGAUGGCAUUCAUCCAGAAAAUCUCAAGGCCUUCCAGACCCUCUACAGAGAACACUGUGAGGCCAUUCUUGAUGUGAUGGUCAACCUGCAGUUCACUUUGGUGGAGACACUGUGGAAAUCUUUCUGGAGGUUCAGCCAGAGCAGUGAUACACAAUCACUCAGCAUGCACAAUGAGUCAGAGAAGCGGCUGCCAAAGUCAUGUCUGGUUCUGCUGUGCAAGUUUGAGCCAGUGCUGCACUGGACCAGACAGUGUGAUAAUGUCCUUUAUCAGACUCUUGUGGAGAUCCUUAUCCCUGAUGUACUGAGACCCAUCGCUAGUGCCUUAACUCAGGCCAUCCGUAAUUUUGCCAAGAGUCUGGAGAGCUGGCUGAGCAAUGCCAUGAUGAACAUCCCAGAAGAGAUGGUCCGUGUUAAGGUGGUGUGUGUAUGUGCCUUCUCCCAGACUCUACGCCGCUACACUAGCCUGAACCACCUGGCUCAGGCAGCCAGAGCUGUCCUCCAGAACUCGGCACAGAUCAAUCAGAUGUUAUCUGACCUCAAUCGAGUUGACUUCACCAAUGUUCAGGACCAGGCUUCGUGGGCGUGUCGGUGUGAGGACCGUGUGGUCCAGCGGCUGGAGCAGGACUUCAAGCUGACCCUCCAGCAGCAGAACUCCCUGGAGCAGUGGGCUGCCUGGCUAGAUGGUGUGGUCUCCCAGGUCUUAAAGCCCUACCAGCACAAUCCUGCUGCCCUCCCUAAAGCCGCCAAGCACUUCUUGCUCAAUUGGUCCUUUUACAGUUCUAUGGUAAUCCGGGACCUGACUCUGCGAAGUGCUGCUAGUUUUGGCUCCUUCCACCUGAUCCGCCUGCUGUAUGAUGAGUAUAUGUACUACCUGAUAGAGCAUAGAGUGGCCAAGGCUAAAGGAGAGACACCAAUUGCUGUCAUGGGAGAAUUUGCCAGCACUGGUAAGGGCCGGAACUCACUGGAUUUGGAGAAAGAUGAGGAAGAGGAGGAGGAGGAAGAAGAUAGUGAAGAGGAGAGCGGGGAACUUACGCUACAGGGGAGCUUAUGCUCUGCAAGUGUGGCCGAGGAAGAUGAGGUAUCAAUGGAGCCUCCCAGCAAACUACCCAGGACAAGCGCCCAGACCUUGUUUACAUCCACACACUCUGAGGUGCACAGCACGCCACCUUAGAUGCACAUUUAUUAAUACCUUAAUACAUGUACACAUAAGCGUGAUUUUUUUUUUUUUUUUGGUCAAUAGGGUCACAUGUCAUCCCAUUCUUGACUCUACCACUAUGCAUCUAGCCUUCUCUCCAGUGUUUUAUUUGUAAAUGUAUGAUUAUUUGCUUGCUUGUGUCUAUUGUAUGCUUGUUACUAGUCUGCAAAAAGUUUUGUGUGUUUGUGUGUGAUGGAGAAAGAGAAAAUUUGAGAGAAAUCCACAACAUUUUAUUCAUUCUCAGCAUCCCCCGCCUUCAUCAAUCUUGUGAACCUUGCCAAUUUUCAUGUUUACUGUGCCUUUUGACGUCUGUUUAGUGGUUGGAUCUCAGUCAUUCCCUUUGUAUAAAAGGUUCAGCGAGGAGUUGGUCUGAGAUGUGCCUCUAGUCAGUUCAACUUUAGAAGUCUGGAAGUCCAAUACAUACACUGAUGAGCCAAAACAUGAUCACUCACAGGUGAACCGAAUAACGUUAAUCAUCUCCAAACAAGGGCACACGUCUAGGUCUGGAUAGAUUAGAUGGUAAGCGAAUAAUCAGUUCUUGUAAUCAACGUGUUGGAUGGAGGAGAAAUGGGCAGAAGUAAAGACCUAAGUGACUUUGACAAGGGCCAAAUUGUUAAAGCCAGAUGACUGGGUCAGAGCAUCUCUGAAAUGGCAAGGCUUAUUGGGUGCUCCCAGUCAGUGGUGAGUACCUACUGACAGUGGUCCGAGGAGGGACAAACCACAAACUGGCAACAGGGUGUUGGGCACCCAAGGCACAUUGAUGUGCGAGGGCAACAAAGGCUAUGCCGUCUGGUCCGAACUGACAGAAAGUUACAAAUCACAGAACAUUUGAAUGAUGGUUAUGGGAGGAAUGUGUCACAACACACAGUGCAUUGCACCCUGCUGUGCAUGGGGCUGCGUAGUCACAGACUGGUCAGAGUACCCACGAUGACCCGUCGACCAUCAAAAGCGCCUACAAUGAGCAAGCAUCAGAACUGGACCUUGGAGCAGUGAAAGAAGGUUGCCUGGUCCAAUGAGUCCCAUUUUCUUUUAGAUCAUGUGGAUGGCUGUGUACGUGUGCGCCGUUUACCUGGGGAAGUGAUGGCACCAGGUUGCAGUAUGGGAAGAUGACAAGCCAAUGGAGGGAGUGUGAUGCUCUGGGCAAUGUUCUGCUGUGAAACUCUGGGUCCGGCUAUUCAUGUGGAUGUCAGUUUGACACGUGCCACCUACCUAAACAUCAUUGGGGGCCAGGUACACCGCUUCAUGGCAAUGGUAUGUGGCUUCUUUCAGCAGGAUUAUGCGCUCUGCCACUGCACACAUUGUUCGGGAAUGGUCUGAGGAACAUGAUGAAGUGUUCAAAGUAUUGCCCUGGCCUCCAAAUUCUCGAGAUCUCAGUCUGAUUGAGCAUCUGUGAGAUGUGCUGGACCAACAAGUCUGAUCCAUGGCGGCUCCCCCUUGCAACUUACAGGACUUGAAGGAUCUGCUGCUAAUGUCUUGGUGCCAGAUAGCACAGGACACCUUCAGGAGUCUUGUAGAGUCCAUGCCUUAGCGGGUCGGUGCUGUUUUGACGGUACACGGAGGACCAACAGUACAUUAGGCAGGUGGUCAUAAUAUUUUGGCUCAUCAGUGUAUAUUCAUAACUUGACCCCCAACCUUAAUCACUGUCCUAUUGUGUUUGUAAUAGUUAGACAAGGAGAGCCACAUGAUACUUUUUAAAUCUAAAAAUAUAUAUUUUGAAAUAGUAGUAUGUUAAUGAACUGGACUUUCCGUGACAGCGCGUAUAUAGAAUCCUUAACCAAUAAUAGUAACAGUACUGAUGUUCGACAGUGUCUUUUACUGUUGCUGAAUCACUGCUGCGUUGGCACGUGACAGUUGAUUGACAGCAAUUUGUGGAUGCCAUAUUUUAUGUUCUGUGUCCAUAUCUCAACCUCAGAUAUUGUCAAUUCUACCAACUUGGAUAAUCUGCCUUUUAUAUGAGAUUGCUACCCUAAAAUUCUUGUUUCCUUAGGUAUGUAGGUGGGUUAAUAAAUGAAGAUCCUCACAAGUAAUCAGAAGUGUUGUCAUGAGACUUCAUGGGGGAAAAAAGACAGUCCAGCGUAGCUUUAAGUCUUUGUCAGUUCACACCAUUGUGUCCUUGUUCUUUACCCAUCCUGUUUUUUUUUUUGGUCAUCCCCACUAGACAAACAUACCUUAAACCAGAUUAGAAAAGUGAUAACCUGUUGCCAUAAAGACCCUCAGAUACAGUGCUACUUGGCGAUAGGGCAACAGGAUAAUGGCAACUUGUGCACCAACCAAUCAGCAGGACACACAGUAUCCAUGGCAACCUCAACACCGGCCGUAUGCAUUAGCUAAAAUACUGUCAUGUAAUCUCAGAUCUCAGAAAAGCUUUUAUAGUGUAAAAUUAUAAAAACGUUUAUUUUCUGGAUAUCCAAGUAAAAACAAUAGCUUUUAUAUGAUGUACCUUUUGUGAGCAUUGUCAUGUAUCCAAACUGUAUCAUGUUUGAACCAUUGUUGCCUUAAAGAAGUGACAUAUUUGAUGUUAUAUUUUAGCCAGAGUAUUUAGCUAUGUUUUUCUUGUACAAUGUUAUGACAUCCAGCGCGUAAAAACAGUGACCUCUGGGAUGGGCAGUCAUUCAGGCUUCCAGACCCAUCCCACUGUGCAAAGUUCAACCAUUGUUUGCUGUGCUGCUUCAUGUGACUGGUAAGAGCAUAUGUUACAAUGCCUUCAACAGAUAGUAACACAAGUGAUAACCUGUUAAUAUCUGUUUGUUUUAAUACCAGUGGAACAGAUAUAGUAACAUGAACGUUAUGUUGUGCUCAUUUGUAAGAGAAAUUUGGGGCAUCCUUAAGAGUUGCAACUCCCAGAUUCCAGUUUGAUAAUUUUGAGACGGUUUGCAUCCAUUUAUUUAGUGAAAUCAAAAUGUUAAGACUUGGAGGAUAUCUAAAAAUUGUUUCAAUAUCAAAACUCCUUCAAUUGUCAUUGGAGACUGGAUUGACUCUUCAGUGUGCUAGGGAACUUUUUUUAAAUGGAGACCCCCAAUGUUCUUUUUGAGGACCUUUGUAAUGAACCGUUUGUGAUCUAAGUUUGUAGCCUUAUUUAACCACUAACUAAAAGUGAUGUGAUUGCAUUCUUUGUUUUUCUUCUUUCCUUCAUGAGACAUUUCUAUCUGGACACUGAGUUCUUCAGUCACAAACAGCAUGAGACUGACCAAAUGGUUUCAUUGAGCCAUGUAUUUUCAACAAAACUAA